AUGGCCACCCCCAAUGUUCUUACUUUUGACGCUGAGGGGAGGGCCAUUGACUUUGCCGUCUGGAUUGAAGACCUGCAGCUGUACUUACUGUGUGAUGCGAUAGAUGAGGUCUCUCUUUUUGACUUUGUCUCUGGCGCUGUUCCUGCCCCACCUGCUGAUGCUGACUCUGCCGUUCGCUCCAAGUGGGCGACCCGCGAUGCUGCUGCACGUCUUGCUGUGCGUCGCCACCUCCCUUCCUCUGAGCGUGCCCACUUUAGUCAGUGCAAGUCCGCUCAGGCCUUGUACGACGCUGUAGUUGCACGCUACUCCUCCCCUUCCUCCGCUACCCUUAGCCGCCUCAUGCUACCGUUUCUCUUCCCUGACCUCGCUUCCUUUCCCACUGUCGCUGACCUCGUUACCCACCUCCGUGCUAGUGACACCCGCUACCGCGCUGCCCUUCCUGCUGAGUUCCGCGCUGCGAACCCUCCUCCCAUGUACAUCACCCUCUACUUUCUCGUCACCCGUCUCCCUGAGUCCCUUCGUGUCGUUAGGGACCAGGGUGUGGUCCUUCCCCCCUGCUGCCCUCUGUCGCCUCUGCCGCUGCGGCCGACCUCACUGGUUUUGAGUCGGUCGGCGCGGCGUCUGCCCCCAGCGGCAGACGCCGCUCUGGCAAGAGCAAGGGGGGCAGGGGAGCGGGUGGAGCUCGAGGGGGCGGUGGAGGAGGCGGUGGGGGUGGCGGGGGGAGUGGGGGUGGCGGUGGGGGUGGUGGCGGGAGUGGAGGUACUGGUGGCGGCGGUGGAGGCGGAGGUGGCGGCGGAGGUGGUAGCGGAGGAGGCGGUGGGAGCGGUGGGAGCGACGGUCCUGGUGGGGGAGGUGGCGGUGGAGACGGAGGUGGCGGUGGAGGCGGGGGUGGCGGUGGAGGCGGGGGUCGGAGUGGCUCGUCCCAGCGGAGCAGCUCUGGGGGUGGUCAGCGCCAGCAGCAGCAGCAGCAACAGCAGCAGCCGCAGCAGCAGCCACAGCAGCAGCAGCGCUCUCGCACCGUGA